AUGGACGAAGUUGACGACAAACGUCUGGCGAUUCGCCAUGGACGAACCGCAGACCAAGACGAGAUCAUCAAGCUAUCGAGACGAGUCCAAGAUAAGUUGACGGCGAGUGGGAGUCUGCAGCAAAUAGGUCCGCUGCAACAAGAUGCUGUGGCCCAGGCAAUCGCCAAUCAGCAAUGCUAUGUUCUCGAACGGUAUCAGUCAAGUUCCCUUGAGUCGAAGACCAUCGGAUGUGCGCUCUCAAGAUCUCUCCAGGCAGGAUACUUCCUCUCUACGUCUGACUUCGACAUGAAAAGUUUUCCGUCUCCCUGGCUUUAUCUGCACUCGAUCAUGCUGGAACCGGAGGCUCAAGGCCGUGGCAUCGGCAAGUCCUUUGUUGCAGAAGUCGUCAACAAGAUCGCAUCUCUGCAUCAUGAUUGUGGGAUCCUCUUCCUCGAUUGCUGGGCCGGCAAUCAGACGCUUAGGAGAUUUUACGCUGAAGUUGGCUUCACCUUCACGGCUGUCAUCCCCGAAGAGGACUAUGAGAUUGCAGUGUUCUACCGGCCGCUGCAUGCUAUGAAUGUGCCAAGUGCGGUUGGUUGA